AUUUUAGAAAGAUGCAGAAUUAUAGCGGCGCAUUUCGCAUGCGCUUAAUCCUUUUGCUUAUCGGUGUCACAUGCCAUGGGAAAAGUGCUUUCUUUUAUUUUUUUUCUCCAUGAAAUCAGUGCGGGGAAUUUAUGUUGUUGUCUUCGGGAUUAGACGCGUCAGGAGUCACGUGUAUUUCUGCUGAAGAUGGCGGAAGAGGGCAUAACAUCAGCAGGACGGGACCGGGAUCUGCAUCUUCCUGGGGUUUCCGAUGGCCCUGCGGCCGGAGGGACCGAUAGAAGGUCCGCCAACAGCCCAGAGGAGCCGCUUUCUCCUACUUCCGUCAUCUUCUUUAAAGAGGCGCUGGGGUCGAGCUCCGUACAGUUACCCAAGAGUACGGCGCUCCACCCCGGACUGCCGCAAUGCGAGCCAAACACACAGAAACCUGCCCGGAAAAAACCCAAGGACCCCUUUGCAAUCGAGAGGCUCAACCUGAUGAACAUGGCCAAGCUGAGCAUCAAGGGUCUGAUUGAGUCGGCGCUGAACUUCGGCCGAACGCUGGACUCCGACUACGCCCCUCUGCAGCAGUUCUUUGUCGUCAUGGAGCACUGCCUGAAACACGGCCUGAAAGCCAAGAAGACCUUCCUUGGACAGAACAAGUCUUUGUGGGGCCCUUUGGAGCUGGUGGAGAAGUUAAAUCCAGAAGCCGCAGAAAUUACAGCCAGUGUGAAGGAGCUGCCUGGACUCAAAACGCCUCUGGGUCGGGGUAGAGCCUGGUUGCGCCUCGCCUUAAUGCAGAAGAAGCUGUCGGAUUACAUGAAAACCAUAAUCAACCGAAAGGAUCUAUUGAGUGAAUUCUAUGAAGCAAACGCAUUGAUGAUGGAGGAGGAGGGAGCCGUCAUUGCAGGGCUGUUAGUGGGUCUGAAUGUCAUCGACGCAAACCUCUGCAUGAAAGGGGAGGACCUGGACUCACAGGUCGGGGUUAUCGAUUUCUCCAUGUAUCUGAAAGAUGAUGGGCAGAGCAGCAGGAGCCCAGACGGCGAGGAACAGAUUACAGCUAUACUCGAUCAGAAGAAUUAUGUUGAGGAGCUCAAUAGACAUUUGAGCGCAUCGGUGAAUAAUCUGCAAAUAAAAGUCGAUACCCUUGAGAAAUCAAAUACAAAGUUGACAAAAGAGCUUGCUGUUGCCAACAACAGAGUGCUUACUCUGCAAGAGGAGAUCUCUCACAUGCAGGAGGGGAACGCCCUCCUGACAGAGUGCGGCCACAAGGGGCCUGGAGCGGAGGUGGCUGCUGACGACCAGGUUUCAGGAGAGGUGUGGAAAAAGCUGAAGGAGGAAACGCAGCUCCGUCUGGAUGUGGAGAGCGAGCUGGAGGUGCAGAUUGGGAUGAAGCAGGAGAUGGAGCUGGCCAUGAAGAUGCUGGAGAAGGACAUCUGCGAGAAGCAGGAUGCUCUGGCAGCUCUGCGCAAGCAGCUGGAUGACAUGAGGAUGCUGAACCAGCAGCUCUCCCUGAAGACUCAGAGCUCUGAUGUGGCCUUGAAACAGAAGAGUGACAUCAUCAGCCAUCUGGAGGAGAAGACGACACAGAUGGCCUCAAUGAUCAAGCAGCUGGAGCUCAGAACCAGGCAGGCAGAACGGCAGCGCAGCCUGGCAGAAGAGGCCAACCGGUUCUUCAAGCAAGAGUUUGGGGACAAAAUCGAGAGUCUGCAGCUGGAGGUGGACGAGCUCCAGAGGAAGAGGUCCAGUUUGGAGAUGGAGCUGAAGAAGGAAAAGCAGCGACGAAGCGGCCCCAAUCCCGAGGCUAGCGAUGCGGCACCUGCACAGAAGAAGCCCUCCUCUCCACCCACCGACGUCAAGCAGCAGAUGGAGGAAAUCCGGAAGGAGCUGGAGGCAGUGAGGAAGGAAAAUGUCCAGCUGAGGACUGUGUUGGAUGAGAAGGAGAGCCUCAGUCCCAGCAUGUCACUCUCACAGACUGAAGACGAUCAGGGUGAAUCACUGACUGAAUGCAGCCAACCAUCUCUCUGUAACAUGUGUGGAGAGGAGUCGUCUCUGACUCGACCCAAGAAACACUGCAAUCACUGCCAAGUGGUGUUCUGUGAAAACUGCCUGGUCCACGAGCUGCCCCUGCCCUCCUCCAUCAAGCCAGUGCAGGUGUGUGAUCAGUGCCACUCCCAGUUACUGCUGCAGUACUCCUCCAGUCCCUCCUGACGACCCGGCCGUUAUGGAAAGGCGCUGCGCCCGGUGGGCCACGGGGUUCUGGUUGGUUAGCAAAAGACCAGUCCAUAAAGAGACUUGGUGGCCCCGUGACACACUGCUGAGGUACCAUUUAAAAAAAUGUGUCCACCAGGUGGAUUAAUGCUGGUCAUAUAUAGGAUGUAAAAUUAAAUUUAAUUUAUUUCAGUAGGGAAGUCUUUUUCUAGAAUGUCACCCAUGUAAAAAUGUAUUGUUCUUAUGAUGGUGUGUUUUCCAAAGAUUAUUAUUCAAAUGUUUUCCAGUUUUCUACAGAGAGCUGGAUAGGAUCUUGACAAUAAUUAAGCUUUACUGGUGUCAGAAGCACAUUAAUCAUAUAUGGCUUGUAAUUUUAUCCAAAAUUUUGAACUGAAAAUACAUACGAUCCCAUUGAGAAAUGUGGUAUUUUUAUUUUUUUCAGUCAGAAAACUGUAAGAACAAAACAAAAAUGUAACUUUUGGAGUUUGCUAGUUUGCAUUCAGUUAACAAUCAUUCAGUAAAAUCUCAUUUUGCUUUUAAAUAACCAUAAUCCUUUUCUGUAAUGGAUGUUUCUAAUUUCCUUUUUGGAGCAGUUUCUUUACCUAUUAUUAAAACUCUAAAAUCUAGGAGAUGUUUCUUGUACUGAAACUCCAUAAUUUGACAUGGUAAGAAGGCAGACUUUUAUGAAAUGAAUCUAAGAUUUUUAUGUAGCUCUGUGAAACCAUUAAAAAAAACUUUCAAAUGAAA